GGAGGGGUGGCCCGUGAGGGGUUGUGCAGGGGUGAGAGGGAGGCGGUAGGCUGUUCGAGUAGUGACAACGAGAUUCAAGGAGCGAAUGAGUUACUCGUUUCUCUAGCCACUAGGUGCUGUUGAAAGUUGUGCUAUCAAUAGCGGAUAUCAGGAGACGGCAAGAUUAAAAAUAGGGGUGACAUUCCUCACUUUGGGACUUCUUGCCUCAUCGCCAUCUGUAUUGCUGCUGUGUGGUGUUGGUAUCCACACGGUUAUCGUGUCACAGUUGUGGAUGCUCUAUGCAUGCAGAACAAGAUACACGCUGAAGACGUGACCUUCCACCAACAGAGUUAAUUUUACGGUUUUGUGCUGCUGGAAGACUCGGUACACAUAUCUUCACCAUCUGGACAUAUUUACACUACUUUCCAGAGUAGAUUACUAUUAUAUCUGGAAAAGUUUGUGCUGAUAUACCAAUAUGGAGAGUGAGGUAUGCGACUAUGAGAGUCUACCCACCACCAGCCCAGUCAUACAAAUGGCAGGUGGUGCAGUUGCUGGAGUUAUGGAACACUGCAUUGUCUACCCUCUGGAUUCUGUAAAGACGCGGAUGCAGUCGCUGAGCCCGUCGCCGGCGGCGCAGUACCGCAGCGUGCCGGACGCCCUCUGGCGCAUGGUGCGCCACGAGGGCGUGCUGCGCCCCGUGCGCGGCAUGUCGGCCGUCGUGGUGGGCGCCGGGCCGGCGCACGCGCUCUACUUCGCCUCGUACGAGAACCUGCGGGACGCCGUGCAGCGGGCGCGCCUCGUGCCGCACACGCUGGCGCCGGGCGUGGCCGGCGUGUUCGCCACGCUCAUCCACGACGCCAUCAUGACGCCGGCCGACGUGGUGAAGCAGCGGAUGCAGAUGUACAACUCGCCGUUCCGCUCGUGCCUGGACUGCGCGCGCUCGGUGUACCGGCAGGACGGGCUGCGCGCCUUCUACCGCGCCUACGGCACCCAGCUCACCAUGAACGUGCCAUUCCAGUCGAUCCACUUCGUCAUAUAUGAGUGGGCGCAGCGCGUGACCAACCCGCAGCGUCAGUACUGGCCGACGGCGCACAUGCUGAGCGCGCUGGCCGGCGCCGGCGCCGCCGCCGUCACUACGCCGCUCGACGUCUGCAAGACGCUGCUGAACACGCAGGAGGCGCGGGUGGUGGCCGACGCCGGCGCCGGCCGGCCCAUCUCGGGGCUGCCGGCCGCCGCGCGCGUCGUGUACCGGCUCGGCGGCGUGGGCUUCUUCCGCGGCCUGCAGGCGCGCGUAGUAUACCAGAUUCCGUCGACGGCCAUCUGCUGGACCGUGUACGAGUCGAUGAAGUACGCGCUGAGCCGGGCGGGCGUGGCCGAGCGCGCCGCGGCGGCCGAGAGCGCCGCCUCCGCCGUGUACCCGACAGUGCCGUUCAACAGGGCGCACGCCCAGGCGUCCGACUUCUCAACCGCGCUCCUUGUGAGCGCGCGCGCCCCGCGAGAUUGA